AUUGAGACCUCGCUCACCUUUUCAGUAGCUUGCCAUUGCGGCGCAUAAAGGUGUCACCUUUCUCUUCUUCCUCCCCUCGCCGGUCGACCCAAAUCCGCUCCUCGCCGCCGGCGAGUCUCCAAGUCGGCAUCUGGAGCUUAGCAGCUCUGCAUCUUCCUCAAUUGGGCUUCAUAGCUCCUGAGCUCGGAGAGCCCAAACCGGAUCCUUUUGGGCUUUGUGAAGCUCGUCCGUCGAUGGGAAAUUGCUUGGGCACCAAGGUCAAGGCGGAGAACGCCUCCCCCACCGCCUUUGCUUCAGGAGGAGAAUCUGAGCAUAGCUCCAGGAAGGGGAAUGUAUCGAGCGCUUUGAGCAGCAAGGUGUCUGCUUCCUCUUUGCCUUCCACUCCACGAAGUGAGGUCGAUAUCUUGUCGUCUUCGAAUCUGAAGAGCUUCACCUUCAAUGACCUCAAAACCACCACCCGGAACUUCCGGCCGGACAGUGUGCUUGGGGAGGGAGGUUUUGGCUCAGUCUUCAAGGGCUGGAUCGAUGAAACCACACUUGCAGCAGCCAAGCCUGGGACUGGAUUGGUCAUUGCUGUGAAGAAACUCAACCAGGAAGGGUUUCAGGGUCACAAGGAGUGGUUGGCUGAAGUUAAUUACUUGAGUCAGCUGUCUCACCCAAACCUCGUAAAGCUUAUCGGAUACUGUCUCGAGGAUGAACAAAGGCUUCUCGUGUAUGAGUUCAUGCCUCGCGGCAGCUUGGAGAAUCAUCUUUUCAGGAGGAGUUCAUACUAUCAACCGCUUUCGUGGAAUAUCCGGAUGAAGGUUGCCCUUGGAGCUGCAAAAGGACUUGCUUUUCUUCAUAGUGACGAGGCAAAGGUCAUCUACCGCGAUUUCAAAACCUCCAAUGUGCUUCUGGAUUCUGAUUACAACGCAAAGCUUUCUGAUUUCGGAUUGGCAAAAGAUGGGCCAUCUGGGGACAAAAGCUAUGUCUCUACAAGGAUCAUGGGGACAUAUGGAUAUGCUGCUCCAGAGUAUCUUGCAACUGGCCAUUUGACGUGUAGGAGUGAUGUCUAUAGCUUCGGAGUUGUUCUUCUUGAGAUGUUGGCCGGACGACGAGCCAUUGACAAGAACCAACCAUCAGGACAAUACCAUUUGGUGGAGUGGGCAAGGCCUUUUCUCAUGAGCAAGAGAAGUAUCGCGAACAUCAUGGAUCCCAGAUUGGAAGGGCAGUACUCAGCGGCUGGGAUCCAGAAGACGGCUCUUCUUGCACUGCAGUGCAUAUCUAUGGAAGCAAAGCGGAGGCCAACUAUGGAUCAAGUAGUGACUGCUUUAGAACAGCUUCAAGAUGCUACAGACAUAGGUAGAAGUUCAAAGACCAAGCUGAAGUCAAGACGAUAGAGAGCAAGCACCAAUUACCCCGUGUCGCCUAGCCAGAAAUGAGUUGAUCGCCAAAGGCCCUUAGCAUUAUCAUCGAGUGUAUUAUCUAAUUUUGUAAAUAUGUUGAGAGUGUUACUCAUAUGUCUGUUCUAAAUGGUUGGUUUCAUCCCUACUGAGCUCUACAAGGUUGAUUUGGAUAUAAUUUGCUGCAUUGAUUUACUGGGGGCAUGGUUGUUCCUUGAGUUAAUGGGCAACAAAUUAUGUUUUCAAUUUCA